AUCCAACACCGUCGCUCACUCCUGCUCCAAGCAAUGCUUUCGUAAAUACAGCUGUCGCAAGGUCGCCUGGAUCUCCCUCAUGUGGCCUGCUAUCCUCGCUUAGCCUAUUCACCAAUUCCAUUUUGCAACAUGGCCGAGCCGUCGCAGGAAGACAUCGACCAGUUCCUUGAACUCGCCGGGAUCUUCACAAAUACUCGUCCAGAGCGGCCGAUCGCCAGUCGCUUCAUCAAGGAUGCGAGCUACAACCUGGAAAAUGCGAUCAACAACUACGAGCAGAACCCCAAUCGUUACGCCGCAGAAAAUUACGAUGAGGCACUAUUCUCACAAGAUCGCGAUGGAGGAAAUAGUCAGUACGCCGGAGUACCCUCCUUCCAAAUCGAUCGCGCAGACGACUCUCAGGGCCAAUACCCCAACAGCACCGCAGCCACUCGGCCAAACACGCCUAGCAACAGCAUACAUGAUUCGGCCAUGGGGGAUUCUCAGACUUUAGGCGCGAAUCGGAGUUACCAAAACCAACGAUGGGACCAGGAAACAGGCGUGGUUGGAGGUAGCGGUGUCCAGUUUGGCCCUGCUAACAGGGACCAUUAUGACACCAACCAGUGGGCACUAACAACCGUGGUAAAUACGAUCCCUGACCCACUACCAAUCCAGCGCAGACGGAACCCAGGAGAACCAGCUUUUAUGAAGCCAUUACCUUCUCAGGACUACCUCCCGUCCUUGAUUUCCAUUCUGAGCAACAUUCCACUGGCACACAAUGCUUUUCUCCUUAAAGAGCACGUUCUUCCGAGGUACGGGCAAGAACCGCAGUGGUGGCAAGGAACACCCAUUGCCUUUCCCCAGACCAUCAAUCUCGAUGACGAACAACAGUCCAACCAACAAUCGGACAUAAUUCACGAGACACAGCGACUUAUUGCUUUUCUUGAUUACACUGAACGCUCAUACGGCAGUGUUGAAGCUCUUUCUAAGGCGGACUAUUUCCAAAACAUGCCGAUGAACAGCAAUGCUGGAUACGAUGGAGACGUUGUGAAGUUCCUGGAAGCUUGGAAGACUGCCGCAACCCGUCUCCGUCCCGAAGCUGGAUUUGAUAAACUCUUCGAGUCAACUGCAGAACAAGUCCUAUCGGGUGAAACUUCUAGUCAACCCUUCAGUUGCUUGACGCCUUGCUUAGAGAACGGGGCCAAUGGUCAGGCCGUAUCGCUCUAUGAUCUCCUUGAUGAAAAUCUUUGGGGCAAUGAUCCGGAUGGCACCAAAGACAUCCAUGCGUCAAUUCAGUCAAUGGCUGAGAUUUUUGUGAUCAUUGUCAAGCAGCCUGAUAUCACUGCUACCGGACUGAACAUUAGCGUCCCGUCUUCAUUUUAUGCGGACAGGUAUUUGAGGGAACAUGAGCCAAGAGCGAAAUCAAUGAGGUCUCAGCGCGCCGAGAUCAAACAGCAAAUUACGCGCAUGCAAGAAAAGUAUCAGAAAAUUUCUCGAUUCAACUACAAGGCAAAGACGGGAGAUGCUCUGUUGCUUCUUCGAGUUGCCAUGGAUGCUUUCAGACCACGAGAUGCACAAGACAGCACUGAAAGCGACAACGGCAAUCAGACAAAGUCUAAUCAAGACAUUAGAGAUGAGUGGGCGCUCAAGGAACUAGAGCGUAUCCACGGAGUGAUCGAACAAAAACUCAAAGAGCUCAAGGACCGAGAAGAACAGGCACAAAAAGCCUACGAACAGCUAUCCUACUUGCUAAAGGAGCCAAAUAACUCUGUGGGAACGUCACCCAAAUUCAAAUACCGGCUUUGUGGCGUUUCCACCGAUCCAGCGGUGGUGUAUAUGAAAGCUCGAAAUGCUUCAAAUGAGCGCGAGGGUGACACCGUUGAUCCCGCUAGGCCACUUCAAGAUGCGCAGGAAUGGUGGAGGAUCCACUACGAGAGCACGCCGAACAUAUCCAAAUCGCCUGUCUCGGAAGCGCAGGUGCUUACUGCAGCCGCCAUGGAGAACAGAGAGGCCUUGUUGGUGUAUGCCAGUGAGAGAGCUUUGCAGCAGCCCUUUGAGGAUAUUCCUCAGUCUCUUGUGGAAUUUGUGAACACGGACAAUAUGUUGUUCAGGGAAGAACUGUCGGAGGAUGAACAACCCCCACCUUAUCACACGCCACCUGCUAAGGACAGCAACGAGCUCGCAUUUGAGGAUGCGUCGGCGCGUGACUGGUUCGCGCCAGGGCCGAAGGAUCAGCCCGAGAUGGAGGAGAAAGGCGCGGGCCUGGUAGCGGAGAUGACAUCUGGUGGAGGAGGAACUAGGAUGGGGAGCUCGGAGAUACAGAAGGAUGGCGAUGGUGCUCAGCACAUUGAGUUUGCCGACAAGUAGAUGUGUGCUUCAUAAGUGUGCCCCUGGUGCGCCUACCUACUUGGUUGGUCAAUUAUUAGUGAUCGGCUGCAGGGGAAGACGGAGAAAAGCAUUUAACGCCGA